UGAGCUACAGGACUCCACUAUAGAUGAGGAGUGAGCGCUGCGUGCCUGUGCUAUGCAUAUGUGAGCAGAGGGAUGUGCUAAGUUCAGAUGGGUGGGUUUGAGCACACGGUAGUGUAAGAACAGGGCUUAUGUACACGUGCGGACAGGUGGGAAUGAGCACAUUGGGUGGAUACAGGGAGAGAGUAAGCACAGUAGGGGUACCACAAGGUUUGUGAGUACAUGUGAUAUGAGCACAGAGGUUGAACAAAGGUGGGUGGGCACUGACGGUGAGCUGAGCAAAAUAGGGAUCAGCAAAAUGGGGUUGAGAACAGGUGAAUUGGGCAGAGUGGGGUUCACCUGAAUUGUGUGAGAACAAUGAGUGAGCAUAUUUCGGGUGAGCACAAGGGUGACCAGCAGAAAGGGGGUGAGCCUACGUGGGAAGACCAUAGAGUGGGGGAGAAAACAGGAGGUGAGGAUAGCGAUGGCUCAGUAAACUGGAUGGUGAGCAUUGUGGUUGUGCACAGGCGAGGUGAUAAAUGGGGGGUGAGCACAUGAAAGCUAAGUAAAGAUGGGGUUUGACCAUAGGGUGGUUGACCACAAGGGUGAGCACAGGUUUUGUGAGCAGAGUGGUUGGUGAGCACAGUGAGUGAACAGAUGGUGUUCAGUACAGGGUGGAUGAACAUAGGGAGAGGGAUAGCCAAAGGUGUUUGAGUACAGGGCUGAGCACAAGAGGGUUUUGCACAGGGAAUUGUGAGCACAAUUGCUGAGCACAGGGUGUGAGGACAGCGGGUGAGCAUAGAUGGUGUGUACACAAUUGGGAGGGUGAGCAUAGUGUGUGAGCAAAAUGUGACUGCGCACCACAAGGUGGUGGGAGCGGUCUGAGCGCAAAGGUGGUAAGCACAGUGUAAAGUGAGCACAAAGGUCAACGGGCAAAGGGGAAUGAGCACAGUAGGCGUGAGCGAAAUGAUUGAUCACAAGUAUUGAUCCAAAAGGGAGGCUCAGGAGAGGUUGAAAACAAAGGAUUCUGAGAAGAGGGGCACCUGAGCCUAGGGGCCGUUCGGGACACUGGAGGCGGGCGAGCACAAGAGGCUGAGCACAGUGGGGGUGAGAACAGGGGGUGAUCAGAAGUCGGGAAGUCAGUGGGAGGGUGAGCAUAGUGGAUCGAGAAAACAGAGGCUGAGAGCAGGGGGCGGUGAGCACAGAAGGAAGCACAGGUGGGAAUGAGCACAGGGAAGGGUGAGCACACUUAGUGUGAGCCAUGGUGGUUGGCGGGGGCAGUUGACCACAGAUAGGUGAGCACAGAGCGGGUGGUCACAACGAGGGUGGGCACUAGGUUGCGGGUGCACAAUGGGCGUCAUCACAAUGGAGGCUGAGCACGGGGUGCCGUGAGCCGAGGGGUGUGAGCACAGUGGGGGUGAGACAGGGGAUGAUCACACUUGGGGAUGUCAGUGGGAAGGUGAGGUGUUAGAAAAGAGAGGCGUGAGAGGAAUGGGUCGAUGAGCACUGGAAGGAAGCACAGUGGGGAAUGAUUGGGGUGAGCAAAGGGGACGUGAGAAAAGCAAGGUGAGCACAAGUGGCGUGAGCGCAGUUGGAGUGAGCAACUCGGGGGGCACAGGAGAUUAGAGCACAAGCGGGUGUGUGCAAAAUGGGUGUGAGCCCAUUGGUCAGAUGAACACAGGGUUGGAACACAGGGGUUAGCAAUGGAUGUGUUAGAAAAAGCGGGGUGAGCACGGGGGCAAAAAAUCGGUGAGUGAGAAAACAAGUGGUUGGGAAAUGGGGAAUAGAGCAAAGCGUUUAGCAGAAGGGGUUGGUUGGAGCACACGGGAUAUGGGUUGAGCACAUGAUGGCCUGAGUACAGGGGGAGUGAGCACGUGGGGUGGUGAACACAGGAGGGUGAGCACAAGGUUAGUGAACAAAAGUGGGGGUGGUAGGUGAGCACGAUGGGAAUGAGCACAGGGUGUCUGAGCGCGAGGUGUGAGCACAGGAUGGGGUCCGCACAGUUGGUGUGAGCGUAGGGUGUGAGAGCUCAAGGGGAGAGCACAAUGGGGUGAGAAUGGUGGAGGGUGAGCAUAGGAGGUGUGAGCACAAGAGGGUGGGUCGCACACAAGGGGUUAAGUACAUGGGGUUUUAGUACAGUGGUUAGGAUUAGCAUAUGUGCUAAGCGAAGGGGAGGUUCAGCACAAGAGUUUGGGAGUGCAGUGGGGAUGUGAGCAUAGUGUAGUGAACACUGGAGGUUCAGCCAAAGUCGUGUUAUCACAUGGGGUAUGAACACAUUGGGUGUAAGCACAGUGAAGAUGAGUACUGUUGGAUGUGAGCACAGAGUGGGGGUGUGAGCACUAUUUUUCUCAGACCAAACAGAGAAAAGGCUUGUUAAUUUCUCUCUCGCUCUCGCUCACUCUCUCUCUCUCACAGACCAGAUUGAGUUACGGCUAUUGAAUGGUUCUCACUCCUGUUCGGGCCGGGUUGAAUUGCUGUUUGAGGGUCAGUGGGGGACAGUGUGUGACGAUAACUGGGAUUUGGCUGACGCUCAUGUUGUUUGCUCGGAGCUGAACUGUGGACCGGCGAUCACGGCGGCGACAAAUGCGAGGUUUGGUCGAGGACAAGGCCACAUCUGGCUCGAUGACGUGGCCUGUGUCGGCAAUGAGUCCCACCUGUGGCGGUGCCCGGCUGCAAAAGUGAACCAACACAACUGUGAUCACGGCGAGGACGCAGGGGUGGUGUGCAUGGACAAGAUGGAGUUACGGUUAGUCAAUGGCUCUCAUGCCUGUUCGGGCCGGAUUGAGCUGCUCUUUGAGGGGCAAUGGGGCACAGUGUGUGAUGAUGGUUGGGAUUUGGCUGACGCUCGUGUUGUUUGCUCGGUGGUGGGCUGUGGGCCAGCAAUUGCAGUGGAGACCAAUGCGAGAUUUGGACAAGGACAAGGGCAGAUCUGGCUCGAUGACGUGGCCUGUGUCGGCAACGAGUCGCACCUGUGGCGAUGCCCGGCUGGAACCUUGGGCCAACACAACUGUCAUCACGUCGAGGACGCAGGGGUGGUGUGCAUGGAUCCACUCCAGAAACCAUCAAUUUCCCUCAAGCCGGAUUUCCGCAUGUUUAUGAGAGGGGAAAGUGCUGAGAUCUCAUGUUCUGGGAAUUAUCCUGGCAGCGAAUUCCUUUUAUACAGAGACGGCGAGUUUAUCGUAUCACAACCAGCUCCACAGUAUAGCAACAUGACCACAUUCACCCAGUCGGAGAUUAUUUCAGGAAAUUACUCGUGUAAAUAUACUGCACAUGUUGAUGGCCGAGAGUUCACAUCACCAGAGAGCGAUCAAGUGGGAACGUUUGUGUCGGAACAGAUGUACUUACGGCUUGUCAAUGGGUCUCAUGCCUGUUCGGGCCGGAUUGAGCUGCUGUUUGAAGGGCAAUGGGGCACAGUGUGUGAUGAUGAUUGGGAUUUGGCUGACGGUCAUGUUGUUUGCUCGGUGGUGGGCUGUGGGCCGGCAAUUGCAGUGGAGACCAAUGCGAGAUUUGGACAAGGACAAGGACAGAUCUGGCUCGAUGACGUGGCCUGUGUCGGCAACGAGUCCCAUCUGUGGCGAUGCCCGGCUCGAACCUUGGGCCAACACAACUGUCAUCACGGCGAAGACGCAGGGGUGGUGUGCAUGGGUCGGUGUUUUCGUCCAUUUCUAACUCUUUGUCCAUCCCCCUCCCUCUCUCUGUCUCUACUCUAUAUCUACAUCCUUUCUCCAUCUCCAUAUCACUCGCACUGCCUCUUCUUCUUUCUAUCUCUCCUUCGCCUUGCCUCUCUGUCUCUUAGCUUCUCUGUGUCGCACUGUCCCGAAUCUCCGUAUCUGUAGUUAUAGCCAUCAUAUUUUCAGCAACGAAACAUAAAGUCACUGCACUUUACAUUGUAAUCUGUGAAGUGCUUU